ACAAAUCUGAUUCUUGAACCCUUUUUCUUAUACCUAUUUUGUUUUGUUUGUUUCUUUUGUAAUAAAGGACUCGUUGACCUAACUUUUUGGCUAUAGCAAGCUCAAUCCUUUUAAGCACUCCUUUCUCUAUUCUCUGCCUUUCUUUUUCUCUCUUCCCAGUUCCAGACAACCCUAGAUCUCCCUCUCUCUCCAUUUGCUCCUCAUUCUAAUUACAAGACAACUACUUCUAGUAUAAAUACAUAUGCUUGGAUGUCCAGGGAGGGAUUGGAUGAAAUAGGAAAGAGGAUUAGAAGUACUACUGAUGCAGUAGUACCAAAUAUUAUUGAUAACAACAAUAAUUCUGAUCAUCAUCAUCAUCAUCAUUAUCAAAUGGGAAGAAGAGUGCAAUCAUUUGGUCCACCAGGGACUUUGAACACCAUUACACCUUGUGCUGCAUGUAAGCUUUUGAGAAGAAGAUGCGCCGAAGAAUGCCCUUUUUCUCCCUACUUUUCACCUCAAGAGCCUCAAAAAUUCGCCGCUGUUCACAAAGUUUUUGGUGCAAGUAACGUGUCCAAGAUGCUUAUGGAAUUGCCAGAAAGCCAGAGAGCCGAUGCGGCUAAUAGUUUGGUUUAUGAAGCAAACCUGAGGCUGAGAGAUCCAGUCUACGGUUGCAUGGGGCUAAUCUCAGCAUUGCAACAGCAAAUCCAAACUUUACAAGCUGAGCUUAAUGCAGUAAGGACUGAGAUAUUGAGAUACAAAUUUAGAGAGGCCACUACUAAUAGUCAUAAUCAUCACAUAGUUUCUUCUACUAAUACUAGUACUAGCACUACUACUACUCAUCAAGCUGCGCUAGCCAAUUUAAUGUCACCACAUCAUCACCAUAAUCAUAAUAAUAUUCAUCAAGGUGUGGUGUCCAUUGCUUCAUUACCGUCCCAAUUAGCUAUUUCUCACUCUACUCUGUCGCCCGGUCCUCCUCACCGGCUGCCACCACCGUCGCCGCCACCUCCUCCGCCUUCUAUUGUUGUUUCGGCGUCUUCUACUACUUCUUCUUCAACUUCUUCUCUAUAUACGUCUACUAAUACGACAGGUUAUAGCUCCAUUUCGAGCGACAAUGUUCCCUAUUUUGAUUAAAUUAUUAUUAAGAUUAUUAUUGGUAGCAUUAAUUAAUUGGCAAUAUUACUUUUUAUUUUCUGUAUUUUAUCUCUAUUGUUUGGUGACUUAUUUCUUUUUGUGGAUCGAUUUGAUCUGAUCUUAUAAAUAUUUUUUGGUUAUAGUUUCAUGAUCA